UUUGUGAUUGAUUGGUCACACCACUCUUAUAUUUACUCUUCAUCUCCUUCAUUCACCAGUCUCUUUCCCUGCAUCUUCUCUUUCUCUUUCUCUUGUUUCUCCCCCUUCAUAUUGUCUUUCAUUUACAGAUUCUUUCUCUCUCUCUCUUCAUACCAGGAUUUCAACAGGUUUUUUGCUGAUAAAAUCUCUAUUUUGACAAUGGGUUCUGAGUAUUUCAAAGAACAUGAUGAUGGGAUUGCUUCCAAUCCGGUGGGUUCACAGUCAUCCGGGUCGGGUCAUUGGUUGAGUGAACCGGGUUUUAAAGAAUCCAUGGGUGGAUUGAAGAAGAGUUCAUCAUUGGAAAUAUGUGGUGAGUCCAAGAGUUCAUCAAAUGGUCAAAAAACAGUACAAGUGCAAACUGCUUUCACUUUGCAGUCUGCUCCACAAGUGCUUGGAGGUCAUCUUGAGCUCGGGUUUGGUCAGCCCGCCGUGGUAUGUAGCGCGUAUCCUUAUGGGGAUCAAUAUUAUGGCAUGCUCUCUGCUUACGGACCUCAAACUGCGGGUCGGGUUAUGCUGCCUUUGAACUUAAGCACUGAUGAUGGACCUAUAUAUGUGAAUGCAAAGCAGUAUCAAGCUAUUAUUAGACGCAGACGAUCCCGUGCGAAGGCAGAAAUGGCCAAAAAGGCUACGAAAAGUCGCAAGCCAUAUCUGCACCUGUCACGCCAUCUCCAUGCAAAACGCAGGCCGAGAGGCUGCGGGGGCCGCUUCCUAAACACUAAAGAGACGACGGACAAGGGUAAAACUGGAAUUUUGGAUUCAAAACUGACGGAUCAUCCAACCGGUUCUCAGAGAUCCGAGGUUUUACAAUCUGAUCACGAAACAAACGGUGGUAGGUCCUACAUGUCGGGAUCAGAGGUGACAAGCAUGUUCUCCAUGGGAGACCUCAACCAUUUCCCUAUUGCGAAUCUUUCGGUUGCUUCCCUUUCGGACAUGAUGGUGUCUGGUAUGCAGAACAAAUGGGUUGCAGCGGGUGCCGGAAGCGGUAUCCGCUGCAACAUGACAACGUGAAGGUGUAUGGGGUCUGAUGUGUGUACACAUCAGGCCCCAUUUUUAGGUAGUCAAACACGACUGGGUCGGUCCCGCUGUUUGGCUAUGGCAAAUCAUCCUUGGCUUUUGUGUUAAGGUUUUCUCUAGCUUUAAUUCCCCUUUGAGAAUUGGUUAGAGAUGAUGAAAAACCUUGAUACAUAUGAUGUACAAUCAUUUCUUGUACAUGUGUUUGUUUUAUUUUAUAUUUAAGACUAAUAACAAUGUGUUGUUUGAAUAAACUAACCUUGAAACUCUGUUUUCAAGGUAUGUAUCAUGUGACCUUUGACUUCCAAACAUUUGGGAAAUGCAAGGUGUUCUGUUUUGAUGUCUUUUUAA